UGAGUUUAAUUGCCAUUUUCUAAGAUACACAGUUGUCGAACUGCUAACUGUAUAAGUUUAUCCAUUUAAUAUCAUAUUCUUUUAGAAAAAUGAAUAUUUGUGGAAGCGUAUUCGUCUCAAAAGACGUUCUGAAUUUUGCUUUAAAAUGUUUAUAUUGUGAAGAAGAUCUAGAAGAGUGGGAAAGUUUUGUUAAUCACAUUCAAAGUUUGCACAAUUCCGAUCUCGAAGAACCGUGCAUCGAUCCCAUAGUAGAAUUGGAUUACAAAGAAAACAAUGCUUUAGAAUGGUUGAAAGAUGAAGAUAUGCCAUCCACUGAAGUGGAUCAGUGGGACGAUCCAAUAAAUAAUGUAGACACUUUAAAAGUCGAAGUACCUUCAGAUGGAGAAAUCUUUAAAACAGAGCCAAUAGACGAACCAGUUUCUGAUAAUGAUGGUGACCAUAGUUAUGAUGAUGACAACGACAGUAACUCUGAUUCAGAUUCUUCAUCAAACGAAUAUUUAGUAAAAAGUAAACAAAAAACUCCAAAAAAGUUUAAGCCAUCAUUUUAUAGAAAUAAUGAAAACACGAAUCUUUUCAUUGAAAUGUUUGAAAAGGCUACUUGCUUAUGGGAUCCCACUGACGAAAAUUAUCAUAAUAACACAGAGCGUUCAAAAUGUAAAACUGAAAUGAUACAAGAGAUGCAAAACAAAUGUCAAAUAACAUUAACAUACAAGAAAUUGUGGGAAUGCUUCCGAGAAUUGCACAUGUUGUACAAGACAGUGGGGGCGGCCAUAGAGAAGAAAUCAGGUUCAAGAUACAAAACAUUGUCCCCAACUGUAUUGGGAUAUUAUGAGAAGUGCACAUUUCUCUCUGCAGCAGCAGAUGGAUUUUUAGAUAUAUUUGAAGAUACGCCAAAUACAGUUACGAAUCUGAGUUUUGCAUCUAAAAAUUCUGUAACAAUAGCGUUUAUCGACACCUAUGAACGUUUCCCGUCUCUUUACGAUUACAAACACCCAGAUUACUACCUCCAAGCUAAACGUAGACUAACUUACAAGGAAAUGGCUGAUAUCCUUAGGAUUCAACAAAACGUUGAGUUUACAGAUGAUGAUAUCUUCAAAGGCAUAGAGUAUAUGCGUCAAUGGUAUUUUAAGUUGAAAAAGCGUCUUGGAAAGAACUUGAAAUUUGAGUCAUUGACAAAAGCAGCGCAACAUUAUGUCGAAAAGUUAAGCUUUCUAACAAGACGAUCAAGGGGCGAGAAGCGCGGUGACAUCAAAUAUCCAUGUACAGAGUGCGAUGAAACAUUUACAAGUAAUGCAAGCAAACAGGCUCAUCUUCACACAGUGCACAAAAUCGGUGAUAUGCCCUACAAAUGUAAUUUAUGCGAAAAAAGCUUUAGUAAACCUGCAGGUUUGAGUGCUCAUAAACGACGAAUGCAUGCGGAAAAAAUACAUAAAUGUGAAUUCUGCGAUAAAAUUUACGCUGUAACAGCCGAUUUGAGAGCUCACAUGGGUGUACAUACUGGCCAUAAGCCAUAUAUAUGUGAGUUGUGUGGUAAAGGUUUUCGCAAUAAGACUAAAUUGGGUUUCCAUAACGACGCAGUGCAUCUUAAUCGGAGAGCAUUCAAAUGUACUAUGUGUCCGAAAGAUUUUUUGAAAAAACGCGAUUUAAGAGAUCACAUAAAGGCGCAUCUUAAUAUACGUGAUAAGAUAUGUGAUACGUGUGGCAAAGGUUUUACAACCACUCAUGGAUUACAUCGGCACAAACAAUUACAUGCGGAUGUUAAAAAGUAUGCUUGUAAAUUUUGUGAGAAACGAUUUUACCAAUUUGUCGGUCUGAACUCACAUAUGAAGCAUCGGCAUGGCAUAUAUAAGAACGGCAUGAAGAAACCCGAUACUAAAUCUGUAACAGAAGCAAUACCGCAAACAUCUACAACCAACCUGCUCAGCAGCAUUCCUCAAAACUUUUUUGCGAAUGCGUUGCAACAACCAUAAUUUUCGUGUAAUUAUUUGUAAAAGCGUUCUCUGUAUUUAUAUUUAUAUUUAUAUUUAUAAGGAUUCAAUAAACAGCUUAAUGAAGUAAUGAACC